CACAAAUUGGGACAGCAUGACUCAUCCGUCCCACUAUAUGGGUGCUUGAUAUUACUUGCGCUUUGCCUCGGUUUCUAUACGCAUGGCGUCUUCUGUUGCGUCCUUGCCAUUGCAGUCCUUUCUCGUGUGUACAACGUGAAUUCAAAUAGCUAUCUGUAGAGCCAUGCCGGAAAGAUCGUCAAAUCGCACAACUACAGGCUCGAGUCGAGGCCCAAGCUACAUCUCAUGCGAAAGGUGUCGGAAACGCAAGGUCAAAUGUGACCGCGCUCGACCAUGCAUGCAAUGUAGGCUCGCAAAAGUAGAGUGCACGAGUUCUGACUCUGUGAGAAAAAGACCAGUUUCGCGGUCAUACGCCGAGGCACUUGAAGAGAAGAUUAUGUCCCUCGAGACUUUCAUUGCGAGUCUAGCAUCUGCGAGCCAUAUAGAGCGAGAUCGCAUGCUUUUGAAUUUUCAACAAUCAAGAACCAACUCUCUCUCUCGAUCGGUCAGCGAACCCGAAGAGCCUGGAUAUCACUGUCCGCCAAAGGGCCGCUUGGUAAGGAUGAAGGAAGGAAUUGCAACCCAGCUCUAUGGGGAGACAAGUUUCUACCCUAUUGUUACGUCCCUUGACGAGGGUGUUGACGAAGACCUCCGCCCCUCCCCCAGCCUUCCUAUCGUUCCUGUCAAAGAAUCUUAUCUACUAGUACAAACAAGUGGACUGGAACAAAGCUCAGAUAUUGACAGUGAAUUCACACCACAUAGCCCAGCCUGCCGAAACCUCAUUUCUCUAUUUUUCCAACAUUUUUACUAUUACCACAUGGUGCUUUAUCGCGAAUAUUUUCUUCGCGAUUAUAAAACUGGCAAAGGUCAAUAUUACUCGGACUUGCUCUUAUAUGCAAUACUUGCAAUAGGGGCGCUUAGCAGUCAGGAUAAUUCCGCUCAGAAUUUAUCCGAAAUAUUCUAUAAACGAGCCGAGAAGCUUCUUUAUUCCGGGGCAUUAGAUUCACCUAAUAUUACCACAAUACAAGCCCUUUUGUUACUAGGCCAAUUUGAUGUUGGACGUGGCCAAAACACAAAAGGAUGGCUCCUCACGGGCAUUGCUUUCAGACUGGUGAGCGAGAUGGGCCUGCAUAUUGACCCGAACCACUGGAAAACCGGUCACGACUCGGAAGUAGAUCGGGAAGUCCUCAGACGGGUAUACUGGUCAUGCUUUAUCGCAGAUAAACAAUUGGCUCUUUACUUUGGCAGGCCGCCGGCGCUACAUUCUAGCGAAGCCGAUGUUCAAAAUUCGAUUCGAAUUGCAUAUCCCGUUGAUUGGGAUGUACUACUAGACGAGUAUAUCAAGAAAGAUAUAUCAAGAACUGAGUAUGAGGAUGGUGUUGCAUUUACGAGUUGCUUUACUCAGCUGGCAAAUCUGUCUAAAAUUGUCCAUCGCAUGAUCACAGAGGUAUUCGAGAAUCGUCAGAAUACCGAAUCCAGUAUUUUGGCGGCAUCAAUAAAAUCAGUCCAUGUGGAUCUUAUCAAAUGGUUGAACGAUCUUCCUGCGAAACUUCGCUGGAACCAAUGGCUGAAGGAUUCCAUCCCACCAUACGUCCUCCAACUCCACAUAUUCUAUCAAACGGUAUUGAUUAUUUUAUUUCGACCCCCACGGAAGUUAAUGUCAGGGUAUCUCCCUGAUUUUCGCGAGGGGUUUGAAAUUUGUGACCAAUCGUUGAGUAUUAUUACCCAAAUUCUUACGACAUACUCAAGAGAAUGGGGCUUACAGCAUCUUCCAAUGACAAUGGUCCACACCGUGGCGAGCGCAGCCAGUUUUGUACUCCUGAAGCUGCGCGUGCAAGGCUCAUCCAGUGAAACACUGCGCCAGCUCGACCUAGUUUCAAACGUUGUUGAUAAUAUGGCCAAAACAUGGAAAUCUGCGGUGCAUAUCCAAAAUGCAAUCAAUAAUUUUCGGCAAGAAAUUGUCCAAAAUGAUGCAUUAGACGAAUCAGCUUUUUUGAACCUGGAAGACCCCAUGACGUUGAAUUGGUAUGUCCAUCAUUGAUCCCUCUCACUUACUUUAUCAACUAGUUACAUGAAAACCUACACGACUGAUCUAUGGCAUUGGAUAUCUGGUUAAACGGUUUUGCUAACAAUAAAUCCCUACACAGGCCGCCACAGUCGAGCCCACAG